AUGGUCAAUGCGUUUGACAGCUCAAUCUCAAAACACUCCGUCCAAGAAUGUCAUAAUACCUGCUGUGGAUCGCUCCUCCGCCUUUUCGCAUUCUCUCACCUUCGCCUUCAGAUCCACGCUGGUUUCAAGAUGUGCCUUACUGAGAUUUGGACCUACCGCGACUGUGGGUGUCGCUAUAACCACAGCGUUCUCUGUCGCUUGUACAGACGAGGAGGAACGCCAUGUUUUGCACCCAACAUUCACUACCCCAUGGACAAAUGGCUCGAGGCGACUGGACUCGACGCCGAGCUGGCUUUUAGACAAUUCAAAGGGAGCACGAAGCCCACAGAACCGCAAAAUUGUCCUCAACAUAGCACCGUCCAGAAGACAUUCCUCAAUCCUAUCUGCGAAGAUUGUCUACUUGCAGAGAUCCAGUCCCGGCCAGUCGAUGGCGCCAAUACGGAUCCGCCGCCAGCUCCUGUCCCUCCGUCGGACAAUGUCGAGGGACUGGUCUGGGACAGCGGAGUCAAGGUCGAGAUUCAAAGCCGGACAUCGCAAGAGCUCUCUGCUCCAGUGACGCCGAUUAGCACGGCGUCUGCCAAUGACAGCGACGAUAUUGACCGAAGAAUCCUCGAAAGUCAUGUUGAGAUCACAAUCGAGGCCGACAACUGCAGUGACUCGGCGGAUGACCCGUCUUCACCACUGCUUACGUCAUCUCAGAACGAGGACAGCUCACCCCCUUCAUCAAUUGCCACAUCUCCAGAAAGCUUAACCGAUGCUGGCAAACGAUACUCGACGUCUCCUACUACUCUUCGUAGUCGGAGACACGGAUACACGUUUCAUGAUGGGUACUCGUCAGAUAUUGGGGACACUGACGACGGAGCGGGCGAUGCCCCCGGAGAAGAGUACCCUCAAGCCCAACCGUCACGAGGAAGACCUCAGAUUCGUGGCGACGGCAGCAUCACAGUUCGGAGUGUGACUGACCCUGUGAUACCGCUUGCUCUCAACGCAAGGAAGAAGAGCAACAAGGGCCUCUCAAGGUUCAAGAGUAUUCGAUCUAUUUCGUCAAGCUUUCGACAUAACUCAAAGACCAAAACUCAGGAUUCGGUAAAUGAGAGCGACACUGCUCCAAAGGUCACCUCGAAGGCAAUGCCUACGAGAUCACGCUCCAGGAAUCCUUUCCGUGCAUUUCGAAGACGGAAGUCCUCCCGCAACCAUGCAGAGAUGAUAGAAACAACGCCGGUAUUGCACAGCCAUGACUUUUGUGACAGCUUCGAGGAUGAACCGAUAUACUUGGAAAAGCCAGUUCUCCCACCACGCAAGGCGAGCCUGAGACAUUGGAGGUCUUUCACAGAUCCAGAACAGAUUCAGUGGGAGAACACCUCGUCAUGCCACAAUACACGCAGUCGUGCACCCAGCCCAACUGGGUCUUGGUCACAGAAUCAUCUGGACUACCGAGGAGAGCCCGAGGUGCCCAGGUGGGAAUUACCGACGCAUAAGGACAUAUCCUUCGACACCCAACCGGUAUUAAGUGAUUUCGAGGUCGAGAGAACGGCCGGUUUCAACGUGGAGAAUGCCACUCUCCCAGCCACGGCCGUUCCAGGCACUCCGGAUUCUUUCAAGGUCCAUCCACUUCGAGCGAGGAUCGAGGGCAUCGAAACCUUUGAUCUCGGUCUCGAUGUUACGUCCCCUACAAAGCAAGAGAAAGAAGAAGUCCGUGACAUGGAGGACCAGGCAUGCGUCGUGGAAGAGCAUGUCCAGAUGAUAGGGGUCGCCCAAGCUCCCGAAGUCGAGGCGACAUGUAAGACGCUGUCGUCGGAAGGGGCGAGCCUGCAAUCAGAACAGCCUGAGGAAACACAGCCCGAACAAGAGCAGGGCCAAUUGCUGCUAGAGCCGGAACAGAUCGUAUCGCUGUAUGGCCCUCCAAAAAAGGCGGACGACAAGGAGCAGGCAGAGACCGGAGACCAAGUCCCAGAAGUUGUCGCUCAGAAAGAGGUACCAGUGGAUGAGGUGCAUGAGGAGGACUCUGGAUCGACCACGCCACCGGGCUCGCCUUCACCGGCACACCGAGAUAUGCUUCCGACAAGACCUCUUCAUCCACCCCGCAAAAGCUCGCUUAGAAGACUGACUGGGUUCAACCAUACGGUCAUGCCAUUUGCAGACUUUGAGUUCCCCAUGCCUGUACUAGCUUCGGCUGAAAGCAAGACUGACGCUGCCGAUGAGGGCCGAUUGAGUAGAUAG